CCUCACCUCGUCUUGACCAUCAUCAACUAGCACUAGUAGCGAUGGACGACGCGUGGACCGACUCUGCAAAGGGAGUCUGCCACACGCUCCAGGUCGAUGCCUCAGUGGGCCUGCGCUCGAGCGAUGUGGCUGCCCGCAGAGAAAAGUACGGACGCAAUGAGCUGCCGGAAGCUCCUCCGACACCGCUUUGGCAGCUCAUCCUCGACCAGUUCAAGGACCAGCUCGUCCUUAUCCUCCUAGCGUCAGCAGUCAUCUCCUUUGUUCUCGCCUUGCUCGAAGAGAAUGAGUCGCUGGGAACGGCCCUCGUGGAACCUGCCGUCAUCUUUCUCAUCCUCAUCGCAAACGCCACUGUCGGCGUCGUCCAGGAGCGCAACGCAGACCAGGCAAUCGAUGCUUUGCGCGAGUACUCGCCAGAUACCUGCACAGUGCUUCGCGAUGGUACCUCUUCGAAGGUCACCGCCCAAGAGCUCGUGCCGGGAGACAUCAUCUAUGUCAACGUUGGCGACAAGGUGCCCGCUGACUGCCGUCUGGUAGCCAUCAACUCGAGCUCAUUCCGAGUCGACCAGGCCAUCCUCACCGGAGAGUCAAUCGCAGUGAACAAGUCUCUCGACUCCGUCCCUGACCCGCGUGCAGUCAAGCAGGACAUGACCAACAUCCUCUUCUCCGGUACCACAAUCGUCAACGGAUCAGCGGUCGCAGUCGUCGUCCUCACGGGCAAGCAUACAGCCAUUGGUGGGAUUCACGCCGAGAUCAGCGAGGACAAUGACGACAAGACUCCUCUCAAGCAGAAACUCGAUGACUUUGGCGAGCUGCUGGCAAAGGUCAUCUCGGUCAUUUGCAUCCUCGUUUGGCUGAUCAACAUCCGCCACUUCUCUGACCCCUCGCACGGUGGGCUGGUCAAGGGGGCCAUCUACUACUUCAAAAUUGCAGUCGCCCUCGCCGUGGCUGCUAUCCCCGAGGGACUUGCUGCCGUCAUCACUGCCUGCCUAGCGCUGGGCACCAAGAAGAUGGCAAAGAAGAACGCGAUCGUACGACAUUUGCCUAGCGUUGAGACGUUGGGCAGCACGAACGUCAUCUGUUCAGACAAGACGGGAACUCUCACCACGAAUCAAAUGAGCGUCACGCGCUUCGCCGUCUUCGAGUCGCAGGGUCUGCUGAGCGACAUGGCCGAGUACCAGGUCGAGGGGACCAGCUUUGCGCCUACAGGCGAGGUACGCGACGCUUCAGGCAAGGCAGUCACGUCUCUCAACCAGAAGGGCUCCUCCGUCGACGCCUUGGCUCGCAUCUGCUCCGUCUGCAACGAUGCGGAUGUUUCUGUCGACGAGCAUGGCAACUAUGCUGCCAUUGGUCAGCCGACCGAGGCUGCGCUCAAGGUCCUCGUAGAGAAGCUGCAGCACAGCGAUUCGAGCGUCAACGCCAAGCUGGACUCGCUGCAGCGCAAGGAGCGUGCCUCCGCAGUCAGCAAGGCUUACACUGCUGCCUCUCCUCGUCUCCUCACUCUCGAAUUCUCGCGCGAUCGCAAAUCAAUGUCCACGCUCAUCAACAAUGGAUCAGGAAAGGGCCUCCUCCUCGUCAAGGGCGCCCCCGAGUCGGUCGUUGAGCGCUGCAAGACCAUCUACACCGGCUCUUCCUCGGCGCCGGUACCCCUCGACUCGUCGCAUCGCUCCGCUAUCCUCUCCAAGGUGCAAGAUUACGGCAAGCAAGGGCUGCGCACCCUCGCUCUCGCCCAAGUAGACGAUCUCCCCACCGAUUCGGCCGCGUACCGCUCCAACUCCAGCGCAGACUACGUCCACUUCGAGCAGAACCUCUCCCUCGUCGGCCUCGUCGGUAUGAUGGACCCUCCUCGCCCGGAAGUCCCCGCAGCCAUCGCCCGCUGUAGGUCGGCCGGGAUCCGCGUCAUCGUCAUCACGGGUGACAACCAGCCCACAGCGGAGACCAUCUGUCGCCAUAUCGGCGUGCUCCCCUCUGACCCGUCUGCUGACUUGAGCAAGAUGAGCUUUACGGGACGAGACUUCGAAGCCAUGUCCGAGAGCGAGCAGCUGGAGGUCGUGAAGACCGCGCGCCUGUUCAGCCGUACCGAGCCCUCGCACAAGUCGCUGCUCGUCGAACUCCUUCAGAAACAAGGUCAGGUGGUGGCUAUGACCGGCGAUGGAGUGAACGAUGCGCCUGCGCUCAAGCGCGCAGAUAUCGGCAUUGCCAUGGGAACAGGGACCGAUGUCGCCAAGCUCGCGGCGGACAUGGUCUUGGCCGACGACAACUUUGCGACAAUUGAGACGGCGGUCGAGGAGGGCAGGAGCAUCUACAACAAUACGCAGAGCUUCAUCCGCUACCUCAUCUCGUCCAACAUCGGCGAAGUGGUCAGCAUUUUCCUCACCGUCCUCCUGGGUAUGCCCGAGGCGCUGAUCCCCGUCCAACUCCUCUGGGUCAACCUGGUCACGGACGGUCUUCCCGCCACGGCGCUCGGCUUCAAUCCGCCAGACCACGAAGUCAUGCGCCACCGUCCGCGCUCUCGCGAUGAGCCUUUGGUAGGCAAAUGGCUCUUCACCCGAUACAUGAUCGUGGGCACCUACGUCGGCGCAGCCACCGUGGCAGGGUAUGCCUGGUGGUUCAUGUACUACUCUGCCGGCCCGCAGAUCUCUUGGUAUCAGCUCACGCACUUCCACCAGUGCUCGACGCUGUUCCCUGAAGUGGGGUGCGCGAUGUUCUCCAAUGAGUUUGCGAAGAGGGCCACGACGAUGAGCUUGAGCAUUUUGGUCACCAUCGAGAUGGCCAAUGCGCUCAAUGCCAUCAGUGAGGUUGACAGCAUCUUCUUGCAGACGCCCUUCAAGAAUCCCUUCCUCAUCUUCGCCAUCGCCCUCUCUAUGGCACUGCACUUCGCCAUCCUCUAUGUUCCGUGGUUGCGCGACUUGUUCGUCAUCACGCCCCUCAACUGGGCAGAGUGGAAGGCUGUCUUGGCCUUCUCUGCCCCGGUCAUUGUAUUGGAUGAGGCGUGCAAAUUUGUCACGAGGAACUUUGUAAGCCCGCCGGAGGAUAGUUUGGUUGAGGGACAAGAAGAGAAGAAAGGCAAAGGACAAUGAGGGGUUAGAGGAGGCGGGAUGGAGGAAGAAGCAGGAAGGUAAGGCGCGAGAGUGUGUGCUCUUCGCCUCUUGUGCGGU